ACAGGUGGUUGUAACGCACGCCUUCAUCCUCGAGUGCUCACCGUUAGAAUAAAAAACGACUGUCAGCAGAGAUGGGUUUGUCGGCGCGAGCUCGUACCCGAUGGAAUUCUAGUCUGUGACCUCCGCGUUCACCGGGCGGACAGCGGAGGGGAAACUUGGCCACCGAGCGCACGAGGAGAGAAACCCCACAGACGUUUCGCACCAUGUCGCUCGUGUUGCUAUUCACUGCAGGGGAGUCUUACGUUUACAGACAAAGGAAUGAUUUACAUGACUGAUAGGCAAGGUCUGAUUUGGAGGAUUUUUCUGCUAUUCGGUAGGAUUAUUCAGACUGUCCAAGAGAAGUUCCCUCUUGGGUUAUGGCUUCGGGCGCCGGUAAGGCGGCGCAGCCCCCAGGGCCAAGAACUGUUAACGGGACUGCGGCAGAGUUCCAGAACAUCGAGCAGGAGCUAUAUGACUACCAGAUGCAUAGCAAGAUGUGCAAAAAGAUAGCACAGCUCACCAAGGUGAUCUAUUCCCUCAACACUAAGAAUGAGGAGCAGGAGGCCGCCCUACAGUCCCUAAGCCACGCCCACCAGGAUACACUGCACCGUGUGGCUGUGGAGACAUGCCAAGAGGGGGAGGAGUCUGCCCUGAGGACACGCCUCCUUGAACUUCAGGAAUCUCUGGAUGAGCAUCAGAGGAUUGGAUCGCAGGUGCAGGCUGACUUUGACAGCUACCGUGCCCAGGCUGAGGGGAGGGAGCGUGGGGCAGAAGCAGAGCUGAGGAGCGUGUAUGAGGAAAAGCUCCAGCAUGCGGACGCUGAGAGGCAGGAAGCCCAGUCCAAGGUCAGUGCUGCCCAAGAGGAGGGCCUGAGACUGGGGGGAGAACUGGAGAAGGCCGGGGAGCAGACACGCUGCUUGGAGGCUCAGUGUGAGGAGCUUCGGAGGACACUCGAGGAAGAGAGGAGGAAAGGAAUCGAGGAGAGGCACAGAGGAGAGGAGGAGAGGAAGAAAAGAGAUGAAGAAUGGAAGAAAGGAGAGGAGGAAAGAAGGACCGGUGAGAAGGAGAUGGAGAAAUCGCUGCUCCUAUCCCAAGAAGUGGAGGCCCUGAGGAAAGAGAAGGGGUGUGCGGACGAGGAGAGGAAGAAGGCGGUGAGGGAGGAGAGGGAGGGGUGGGAGCGACGGACGAGGGAGAUGGAGGAGGAGAUGGCGCAAAUAAGGAAGAAAAUGGAAGAGGCGCGAAGGGAGGAGCGACGGCAGUGGGAAGAAAGGGAGGAGGAGGAGAAGAAAGGUAUGCACACGGCGCUGAGGGAGAGGGUGAGAAGGGCAGAGGAAGAGGUGGAGACGCAGCUCCAGAAGCUCAUGGAAAGCAAAAGACAGGCUGUCAAGCUGCAGGAGAAGAUACAGGACCUGGAGGAGGAGUCGGAGCUGGGUCGGAAGCGUGUGUCAGAGGCCGAGGGCGGAGCUAAGCGGGCAGAGGAGGAGUUAGCCGUGGCCAAAGAGAGGCUGUUGCUGCAGGAGGACGAGCUGCAGCACAAAGCAGAGGAGCUGCUGAGUCGUGGUGGCUGUGAGCUGUGCGUGUGUGCAGAGGUGGAAGAACUGAAAGGACACCUGAACCGUCUGCAGAGACGGAACAGAGAGCUGGAGCUGCAGGGCAGCGGGAGGAACAACGACCACGCCCGCCAGAUACGCCAGCAUGCCGAGGCCCUGGCCAGCCUGCGUUCUGAGAUGGUGAGGGCUCAGGGAGAGGAACUGGGGCGCGUUCGCAAGCACGCCGAGGAGGAGAAAGAACGUCUGCAGGCGGAUAUGGAAGAGGAGAGGGAGCGCCUGCGGAAAGAGAGGGAGACGGAGAAGGAACAGCUGCAGAGAGAGAAGACCGAGAGGGAGAAACUUCAGGCCGAAUGGACGGCGGAGAGAGGGAGACUGCUGAAGGAGAUGGAGGACGCAAAGGAGCGCCUGCGGAGAGAGGGGGAGGAGGAGAGAGAGUGGCUGAGGAAAGAGCGGGAGGUGGAAAAAGUGCGGCUAAGGAUGCAGUUGGAUGGAAACAAGGAACGGGUGGACGAGGAGAGGGCCAGUCUCCAGCGGAGGGUGGAGGAGGAGAAGAAACGCCUGAGGGAACAGGCGGAGGAGGACAAGAAGCGACUGAAGGACCAGGUGCGGCGAGCGAUAGAGGAAGUGAUGCGGAGGCACGCGGCCGAGCUACACACCGCGCAGGAAGCGCUGCAUGCUGAGAGGAAGAGAGGUCAAGAGGUGUGUGAGCGUCUGGAGGUAGAGAGGAUUAGCAAUGAGGAAGUCCGUCAGGUACUGGAAAGGGAGAGGGAGGAUCUACAGACCCAAUUGCAGAAGACAACCAAUGAGAUAUUUCGGUUAGAGUCCGCUAUCCAGCAGCAAGAGAACCAGGGAGGAAAAGCCGGUGAAACCCCAACCCUUUGCGGACCUCACUGUUCCCGUCUACAGGAAGAGCUGCAGCACACUCAGAGCCGAUUGGCUCAGACCAAGGGCGAGGCGGAAAGGCUGAGAGAGAGAAACCAGAGGGAGAUAUCAGCCCUUAGAAUAGACAAGCACAGACUUGAGGAAAAAGUUCUGGAACAGAGUCGACAGAACACUGAAAGAAACCUUCUGGAACAAAGCCAGCAGAACACUGAGGAGAGAAUCAGGGUGGAUUGUGAGGAGCGACUCAGGGCAGAGUUUAAGGUAGAGCUGGAUGCUGCCGUUGCUGAGGGCAACCAACAAAGUCAGAGCAGAGAGGAGGAGCUGCAGAACCAAAUAUCCAAUCUUCAGACCCAACUAGUUGAUCUGAAACUACAGGUGGAGAAGAAGAGGGUGGGUUCGGGAGAUGAUUGUCAUGGCAACCCGGAGAUUGACAGGCUGAGGAAGGAGGUGCAGGAGACGAUGGAGAUGAAUAAGAGACUGAGGGAACAGCUGCAGGAAGAGCCUCAAACCCUCUCGCUGGCCGCAGAGCGGCACGCACGUGCACUGCAAGCCCUGGAGAGACAGGCUCAGGAAGACAUACAGGCAGAGAGGAACAGACUGCAGACACUGCAUCACCUCCAGCUAGAUAAACAACGUGCUGAGUUGACCCAGCAACACACAGAAUGGAGCAGACAGAUGACCCAGAGACACAUGCAGCAGAUUGAAGACCUACAGGCUGAACUACAAACACACACUCAGAUGAUGGCCCUGCAACAGGACCUCAAACAGCAAAACCAGUGUCAAGUGUUUGAGCGCCAGCUGGAUGAGAGUCACAGUGCUGUCCUGGAGCUGCAGAGGGAGAACGCCACGCUGAGGGAACAGCUGAAGGCCAGGUCAGGGCAGGAGGAGGCUGCAGGGGGAGGCAAGGACGAGGAGAGCGAGGAGGCCCAGAGGAGGAGGGACGUGAGGAUCCGAGACGAGGCCCAGAGACUGCGAGAGGAGGUGGAGCGGCUGAAAGAGGAGAUCGAGAAACUGGAGGAGUCCCACAAGCAGAGAGAGGGCACGCGGGCGGAGGAUGGGCACAGGGGCGUGGCGGAGGAGAAGAGGAAAGAGGAAGAGGAGGAGGAGGAGAGGAGAAGGGGACAGUUGGAGGAGAUGAGGAGGGCACACAGGAAGGAGAUGCAGACUUUGGUGUCUGACUACAGCGAUGCUCAAACCCACCUGCAGUCACGCAUAGUAGCCCUGGAAACCGAACUGCGUGAGCGCGAGGAGAGAUGUAGAAGGAAAGAGCCUCGUUGUGACGUUCUGCAGCUGGGGAGACUACAGGAGAAACUGGCAGAGAGGGACCAGCUCAUCAAACGCCUGAUGGAGGAACGACAUCAACAGCAACUCCACCCUCUCGUCACCGGGGACAACAGCUCCCCCAGACUCCAUGACAACAAGCCCCGCCCUGGGAGUGUCACGCCGACCACUAGGAGAAGGCGCCUGGAGGAGUCGCCAACGCGAAUCAGCUCCUCUCCCUCCUCUUCCCCCUCUCUGCCGCGCCAUAACUCUUCCACGCUGCCCCACCCCUCCUCUGCCUCCUCCACUCCCGCCCAUUCCUCCGCCCUCCCCUACGCCUCCUCCUCCCUCCCCCACAGGCACGCUUCUGCCUCUCUCCUCCAGCACUCCUCCCCUUCGCUCCCCCGCACCUUCACCCGGUCCCCGGGUCUGGAGCAUGGCCGCAGCCACGCCACCCGCACCUGCACCCCACUCACCCCUGCCCCCACCGCCCCCCUCCCGGUUUGCCCCUCCGCUCAGUCCGGAAUUCGCUACGUCAGCUCCUCCUCGCAGGAGCCCCGCCCACACCAGCACAGCCAGCCAACCAGAGGCCCAUAUUUGGAGCAGAGAGGAAGUGGAUCUGGACCAGAGAGUCGGGAUCCACAGAGGCAGGAGUGGUUCACCAAAUACUUCUCCUUCUAACCACACACAGAAAUACAGCAGAAGCUAAAACAUUGCUGCAUUGCGCCACAUACACAUACUCCAUUGUCUCAUUUACACAAACACACAUUCACACACAUACACACGUCACCAGCAAUGCCAUCUCGCCAACAUCGCCUCAAAGUUCAACCAAAAAGUGCUUCUCACACGCUUGGCCUGUACUCAGAUACGCUCGGGUCUUGUUUAAAUAACUCUUACACGCAUCCUUCCAUCCUUCCUCUCCUUGAAGUGAUGAUCUAAAUGAGUCAGCACCAGUUUACCAGUGCACCCUCUCUUCCAGUGUAUUUACAAGCCAUUACCAAGCAAUGUCAGGUCAGAUUCUUUAAGGAAGGAACGUUUUGCAUAUGUAAAAAAAAUAUUUUUAACAAGACCCAUAACUUUGUUUCUGAACCUACACACACUGACAA